CAGCUUCCUUUAUUGAACAGUUGCGGCACGGUAGAAGCUGUUUUGACCAACCGAACCUCUUUUGGCGAACGCACCCGGCCCCCUUUGGAGAGCAUAGAAACCAAGCACCCGCCAGAAACAGCGGCAAAGAUGGCGGACCUCAACCUCCAAGAGAUCCACGACACCCUCGUCGACAUCGCGAGCGAGGCCGGCAAGAUGAUCAUGUCCGCGAACCCGUCGUCGAUUGACCAGGGCACCAAGCUCAACUCCGUCGACAUUGUGACAGAGACCGACCAGGCCGUCGAGAAGAUGGUCUCGACUCGCCUGAAGUCCGCCUACCCCGACAUCUCCUUCAUGGGCGAGGAGACGUACACAAAGGGCACCCGUCUCGGCCCGGAGCCGACCUUCGUCGUCGACCCCAUCGACGGCACCACCAACUUCGUCCACUCCUUCCCCGAAGCCUGCAUCUCCCUCGGCCUGUCCGUCGGCUGCGUCCCCGUCGUCGGCGUCAUCUACAACCCCUUCCAGGACCUCCUGUUCACGGGCAUCAAGGGCAAGGGCAGCUACAUGCGCCGCGCGGGCGGGGCGCCGCAGCGCCUGCCCCUGGCCCGCAGCCCGAUCCCGCUCAAGGGGCUCGACGGCGCGCUGCUGGCCUGCGAGUGGGGCUCCACGCGCGACGGGCCCAACUUCGAGCUCAAGGCCGAGACGUUCAAGCGGCUGGCCGCGACCAAGGAGUCGGGCGGCGCCAUGGUGCACUCGAUGCGCGCCCUGGGGUCCGCGGCGCUCAACCUCGCGGCCGUCGCUGCGGGCCAGCUGGACGCGUACUGGGAGGGCGGCUGCUGGGCCUGGGACGUGUGCGCGGGCUGGUGCAUCCUUACCGAGGCCGGCGGGCUCAUGGCCGGCGGGAACCCAGGCGUCUGGGAGCCGGCCGUGGACGAGAGGGUGUACCUCGCCGUGCGGGGGGCGCCGUCCGGUCAGAGGGAGAUGGUCGAGGAGUUCUGGAAGGUGCUGGACGGGAAGAAGCUCGACUACCCCGUCUAGGCGGGCUUGGUCUUCCAGGAAGGGAGGGGGGGCGGGGGCCGCCUUCGCGAAGCACCGCAAGGCGGUUUCUUGACGGGGACAUGAUGUGAUGAUGAAAUGAAACCAGAAACUACAUAGACGAGGGCUGGGAAGGCC